AUGAACCUUAAAGAGCUGGUACGACUCGAGACCAUGGCGUGUUCCUCAGCAGCGAAGCCCUUCAGUCCAGAGGAGGCCCAGAGUCUGGUCCAGCAGCUGCAGCAGCCGGCCGUGUUCUCAGACAUGGCCUCUGAUUGGCCCGUGCUCCAAUGGAACGUACAGCACCUCUCCAAGUGUCUGCAGCAGAAACUGGUCAAGUUCAGGAUGGGCCGGAGGGAGCAGACGCAGACUCCUCUGUUCGAGACGCAGUGUACGUUUGUGAACGCGACAAUGGGAGAGUUCAUGCGUUGGGCGGAGGACGGAGAGCGAGGGGAAGACAUCGGUUUACUGGCUAAGUUUCCCAAAGCGGAGUACUGGGCUUACGCAGACUACAAGUACAUCAAGGAGGUGUUCAAGAGGCGCCCACACAUGUUUGAGGACGUGCAGUGGUGUGACUUUGGUUUCGAAGGCCGCGGUGGGAAAGAGAGCACCCUGUGGGUCGGGACAGCAGGAGCCAACACGCCCUGUCACCUGGACUCGUACGGCUGUAACCUGGUUCUGCAGGUGCAAGGACGGAAGCGGUGGCACCUGUUCCCGCCUGAAGACUCGUCCAGACUCUACCCGACCAGGAUCCCGUACGAAGAGUCCAGUAUCUUCAGUCAGGUGGACGUCCUGAACCCAGACCUGCGGCGCUUUGGGGACUUCAGAGGGGCCCGAGCUCACACCGUCACUCUGCAGCCGGGGCAGGUGCUGUUUGUUCCCAGACACUGGUGGCAUUAUGUGGAGUCUCUGAGUCCAGUUACUGUCAGCGUCAACUCCUGGAUCGAGCUGGCCGAGGACGACGAGGCCAGAGUCAGUGAAGCCGUGACCAGAGCCGUGGUCUGUGCUUUAAAGUCUGCUCCCAGUGACGACAACCAGGACGAGUGGAUCAACCCCACAGAGAUCAGGGCGUCCUCCCACGUCCAGAACAUGAGGUUCCUGAACCUGGCUCUGACCUCCGUGUCCCAGAGGCGCUCCCCGUCUCCCAGGAGCCUCUCCCCGCUCGGCCGACCAAUCAAACGCAGCCACGGCGGACAGAACCUGCCCCCGUCCCCUCCGUUCGGACCUCACCUCACGCCCGUCCUCUGCGGUCCGCCCCCAGACGCCAAAGCCACGGCCACCGCCACGUGUACAUGCGGCCGGAAAGCCUUGGAGCCAGGCCUCAGAGUGAACCCGGAGAUGGUGAGGCCCCUGAGAGCCCUCAAGUCCAUGUCUGUUGUGGAUUACAAACGGGAAGGAGAGGAUGUGGAGGCUGGCAGUGGCGGCGGCGAGGGAGCCACGGGAGCCACGGUGAGCACUAACGACCUGCUGGACGUCCUGGUGCAUCCGGACAUCAUCAAACAUGUGACAGAGAUGCUCAUCCAGAGACAUUCAGGAGGAAAGAGGACGGAACUGGACUAG